GCAAACUCAGCACAGAGCCCAACCAACACAUCAAAACAACACAACACAAACAGAGCUUACAGAGAGUCACUAAGCUUCACAUACACGGCUACAAUGGCCACCUCUGCUAUUCAACAGUCGGCCUUCGCCGGCCAGACCGCUCUCAAGCAGUCCAACGAGCUCGUCAGGAAGGUCGGCGCCAGCAGUGGUGGCCGUGCCACUAUGAGGCGUACUGUUAAAAGUGCUCCCCAGAGCAUCUGGUAUGGCCCAGAUCGUCCCAAGUACUUGGGACCAUUCUCAGAACAAAUCCCAUCAUACCUGAAUGGUGAAUUCCCAGGUGACUAUGGAUGGGACACAGCUGGAUUAUCAGCUGACCCGGAGACUUUCGCCAGAAACCGUGAGCUUGAGGUCAUCCACAGUAGAUGGGCCAUGCUUGGGGCACUUGGAUGUGUCUUCCCUGAGCUUCUGUCCAAGAAUGGUGUCAAGUUCGGCGAGGCAGUAUGGUUCAAGGCCGGCUCACAGAUCUUCUCAGAGGGUGGGCUCGACUACCUCGGCAACCCAAACCUUGUCCAUGCUCAGAGCAUCCUAGCCAUCUGGGCUACCCAGGUUGUCCUAAUGGGCUUUGUGGAGGGCUACAGAGUUGGCGGUGGCCCACUUGGAGAGGGCUUGGACCCAGUCUACCCUGGUGGAGCCUUUGACCCACUGGGCCUGGCUGAUGACCCAGAUGCAUUUGCUGAGCUGAAGGUGAAGGAGCUCAAGAAUGGAAGGUUGGCUAUGUUCUCCAUGUUUGGGUUCUUUGUUCAGGCCAUUGUUACUGGCAAGGGUCCAAUUGAGAACCUCGUUGACCAUCUUGCUGACCCAGUAACCAACAAUGCUUGGGCCUAUGCCACAAACUUUGUCCCUGGAAAGUGAGAAAAUAAAUCCAACCCAGAUAAUGUUUAAUUAGUUAUAUGCUCUUUUUUCUUUUAGUUGUAAGAUUUACCUAAAAACUUUUUGUGUUCUGGUCGAAGCUUUUUUCUCUGCUGCUACUCCAUUUGUACUGAUCAUUUAAGUUUUCACUAGCAGAAAGAAACUGUUUCUCCUUGAAUAAUUGUUGUAUGUAUAUGGUUUGUUAUGUGCUCGAAAUGAUUGCUGGUACUAAUUAAGGAGUAAUUAAUCAAAUUAAGAAGAUUUGUUUCUUAUAA